AUGGAAAUCUACACUUUCGCGCGGUUCGCCGCUGUCGUGCCUUGGCUCGAGGACCUCCCCUUCUAUCGGCCCCCCCCCGAUCCCGACUAUUUUUCCUUUCUCCUCCGUGCAUGCAUCCAUUACCCCUGCGCCCGUCUGCACACCACACUCCGCGAAGAGACCAAAGGCCGCGGGUGGGGCCCAGCCGGCGGCGGUCGGCCGGAGGGGGAAGCCUCUCGCGACGCCAAGGAGACAAGGCGAGGUGAGGCAGAGAUCGCGAGACUUCUUUUCGGCUCUCGCGGCCGCACAGAGAAGGAGCAAGGAGAGGAAGCCAAGUUGUGUCUCCAGGUGGCUCGUGAAGGCUCUGCGAGAGAAGAGGAGACAACAGACGAAACGGAGGAAGCGAACGGCGGAGAAGCGCUGACGUGUCCCUUUUCCCCGCUUCUCCACCCUCCCGUUUCCUCGUCUUGUGCGCCGCACUCACCGCUCGCUCCCAGCAGAAAGAAGUCGUGGAAACUCUCCCCUCCUCCCUUGGAGUCGAUAUCCUGCUCGCCGUUCCCGUCUUGCCUCUCGCCGUGGUGUUCCGCUGUGCCGCCCUUGGCCGACGCGAGCACCCGUGCCACGUGUCUCUCCACUCCGCGGUCUGCGGAGUCGCCCGUCUGCCGCCAAGGCGAGAGUGGCGCUUCUGCUGCAGCGGGGAAGCUCUCGAACGCCGCGGCACCAGCAAAGGGCGAUCGAGGCAGAGGCGCGGGGAUCGGGGAAAGAGAGGAGGGGAAAGAGAGAAAGUCAGGAACCCACAGCGAAGAGAACGAACAGAGAGAAGCAGGGAUCCUGGAGAGACCCGAAGCCGCCGGCGCAGGGUUGAGCGCGGUUCCUCACACGGUGGCGGAACGGAGGGCGGAGAGCAGAGAGGAGAAGACGCAGUGCGAAGAAGAGGGAAAGGCAGAAGCGGGCGAUCUGUUCAGACAUCCGCCCGAGGUCCUGGCGUCAAUGCUGUAUUACGCGUUCUUCACCAGUGUGCACCCGACGAAACUCACGGUCAGUCUCGUCGCCUCUUGGCUGCAGGCGCACACGCAGUUUCCCCUUUCGGUCUGUCGAGCAGCCAUCAACUAUCUGCAAGAGAAAGGCAGCUUUCACUUUGUUAUCGACGACGAGGCAGGCAAAGACGACGAACCGCGAACUGCAGACGCCAGCGAAGGAGUCAACGCAUCCUCUCAGAAAGCGCCGUCUUCUUCCGCGCUUCCGUCUCGUUCUUCUCCGUGUCGGGCUCUUCGCUUUCUGUCUUUUCUCGGGACCGCCUUUUCCCGUCCCUUUCGGCGCUCGGCGGCUCCGCAGCCGCCUCUGAGCCUCGAGACGACGCCGGGAUGGCUGUACGGCGCCGCGCCGAUUCUGCCCCACUACCGUCCCUUGGUGCUCCAGCUUCUCGUCGACGUGUGUCAAGUUCUCUUUGUCUUUGCUUUGAAGAUCUUCGGAUUUGUCGCGGUGAGCCCGCGGUGUACGUGCCGUACGUGCAGCAACACCGCCCACGGCUGUCCUAGGCGAAGACAGCCCCGGCCUGAGGCGCUCGUCCCCCAGCCCCUCUUCGGCAACUCGAUCCCGUACUUGCACAGUUCCAAAGACGAAAAAGAGAGAAACCACGCCAUCAAGGCGGGACCGCUGGCGAGCGAGACGCAGAACGAGCGUCCGAACCGCGAGGACGCGAGAAGCCAAGACUCGGAGGAAGACGAAACGAUGCUCGAAGGAGGGCUAAAGUUCCUGCGCUUCUUCCUCUAUCUCCCCUCAACAGGUGGUCUCUCCCCUUCUUCGUCUCGCUCUCUGUCGGAUUCGUCCGUCUCUUCCGAGGGACGAGGUUCUGGUGUGAAGGCGCCGAUUGUGUUGAUUCAUGGCUUCGGCUUUGGUCUGCUCCCGUACGUUUUGCACGCGUUUCUGCUGGUGUUGCGACAGCGAUUCUGGACGCCUCCCGAGGAGCGCAGGCCUGUCGUUCUCCUCGAGUUUGCCUGGCUGGGCCUCGACGGCCAGUGCGCGCAACUGAUGAAGCAGUCGCAGAACGUCGAGGCGGCGCGCGCGCGCGCGAGGGAGAGAAGACGCGCGGGGCCGAGCAGCCCCCGCCGGGGAGGCUCAGACGCCCUCGAAGACGUUUCUCUACCGCUGCCUCUGCUCUGGACAGAUAUUGUGCCGCUGAUGCCUGCUGUCUGUCGCUCUCUCUCGGACUUCCUCGAAGAUCUUCACCGCGUGCAGGUAGAAGCUCUCGAGCGCUCGGCGACACUCGCGGCCAGCCUGCAAGCUGCACAAGGCGGAGGCACGACACAACGCGAAGAGGAAGAGCGCGUUCGGUCGCCUCAUGGCCUUGAUAAGCCGGGACCUGCGGAGGACGCAGAGAGAACCCCGCAGGCCACUUGCCCCGAGGUCGAGGACUGGGAGACACCUGUCCGUCCGUGGGGAGAUCAGGAGACAUAUCUCGAGAAGUUUGGCGUUCAAAUCGACGUUGUCGCCCACUCGUACGGCACGGGAAUUACGUCUUGUCUCCACAUGCGACACCCGUCUCUGCUGCGCCGCUGCGUCCUCGUCGAUCCAGUAUGCUUCCUUCCAAACUGCACAGUUAAGGCGCAACUGGUCCACAGACAGCCGUGGGAAAUCCGCCUUCUCCCUCGCCAUUCUCUGCGCGAGGCAGAGGGGACGGCUGGCGGCGUUUUCCUCGCCCACGCGGCGCGCGAAAACCCGGAGACGCGGAAGACGCUGGGUGCCGACCCCACGCAUCGACGAGACACAGACCCAGAGACACCCGAGGCAGGCAACAGGUUGUCUGUGGUAGCGGCAGAGCGCCAGGCACUCGCAGGCGCUUUUGCGUCCAAAGCGGGAGAUCCUGGGGAAGGUGGAGAGGCGGAAGCAGCCUCGAACGGAGCAGCUCGCGAGGUCUCUGCCUCGCCUUCUUUGCCCCCGACGGGUCAGCAGUCGAAGGCUCUCCAGGCGUGGGGAGUCCACCUGGCGUCUUCUCUUCGCGUGGCACUUUUGCACGCGAUCGAUCGCGCGGCGCUCUUCUUCUACUGGCUGGUGGUGUAUCGGGAGGUGGGAACGCGAAUCACGACUUCGCGGCAACUGCAGGGGCAUGAGUAUUUAGACCGGGGCGGGCUGCUGCAUCUCCAGGACCGUUUGAUGGUAGUUUUGGGCGGCUUCGAUUUGAUCUCGCCAGCUGCGCACAUCAAGGCGUUCGUGGAUCGCGUCGCGCCCCGCGUCAAGUGUCUGUACUGCCCAGGAGCGCACCACGGAGUCGUCGCUUUCCUCCCCUCGGUCCUCGCAACGAUCGACAAGUUUCUCGCAGCCUAG